AAGAUCAGAAGAAAGCAGCCAUUGAUCUCUCCUCUGAAACCAUUUUCUUGGAGCUUAUAACUUCUUCCAGCGGAUGGCUAGCGACGCUGAAAAACUUGCAAACCCUCCACCGUGUAAGGGAAGUCUGGUCACGGUUCUGAGCAUUGAUGGUGGUGGCGUGAGAGGCAUAAUCCCAGGAACCAUCCUCGCCUUCCUCGAAUCAAAGCUCCAAGAUCUUGAUGGAGAGGAUGCAAGGAUAGCAGACUACUUUGAUGUCGUUGCUGGAACAAGCACAGGAGGGCUCGUGACUGCAAUGCUUACAGCUCCCAACAAGAAUAAUCGCCCACUCUUUGCGGCAGAGGAUAUCCCCAAGUUCUAUUUAGAAAACUCCCCUAAGAUUUUUCCUCAAAAGGCUGGGAUUUGCUCUUCAACGCGUAAUUUGUUUAGUGUAGUCACAGGGCCCAAAUAUGAUGGGAAGUAUCUGCGCUCGAUAAUACGAGAAUUACUUGGUGAAACAAGGCUUCAUCAAGCUCUAACGGACAUAGUUAUUCCUACUUUUGAUAUUAAGCUUCUUCAUCCCACUAUCUUUUCCACCUUUGAGGCAAGACAUGCACCUCUGAAAGAUUCUCUUCUGUCUGAUAUAUGCAUUAGCACAUCUGCAGCUCCAACCUAUCUUCCUGCCCACUACUUUGAAACAAAAGAUGCUAAAGGAAACACGAGAAGCUUUAAUCUUGUUGAUGGAGGGGUUGCAGCAAAUAAUCCGACAUUAGUAGCGAUCAGCGAAGUUAUGAAGGAGAUCCUCAAGAAAAAUGAAGAUUUCUCUCCCUUCAAGCCAAUGGACUAUGGCAAAUUCCUUGUGAUCUCUCUUGGGACGGGGUCAGCAAAGAACGAAGAGAGAUUCAGUGCACAAAAGGCAUCCAAAUGGGGUGUACUAGGAUGGUUGUACAACAAUGGUGCUACGCCUCUGAUCGACAUUUUUAAACAAGCUAGUGCUGAUAUGGUUGAUAUCCAUGCAUCUGUGGUAUUCCAAGCACUCCAUUCUACGGGAAACUAUCUUCGCAUUCAGGAUGACAACUUGACUGGAAAGGCUUCAUCUGUGGACAUCUCUACGGAUGAGAACUUGCUAAGGCUUAUGCAAAUUGGGAAGGACCUCCUCAAGAAGCGAGUGUCAAGGGUGAACUUGGAGACUGGCUUGUCUGAGGAGGUCAGUGAGGACGAAACCAAUGAAGAAGAACUCAUGCAUUUUGCAAAGCUUCUCUCCGAUGAAAGACGGUUGAGGUGUGGGAAAAUGCUUGAACCCUGACAAUAUGGCUUAUCCUUGCUUUGUAUUGGCUUUUACGCACAAAUGUUUCAGUUACCAGGGUGUAAUUCUAAGAUUGCUUGGAGCACAGUGAUCUCCUAUUUCUACAAUAAUUAUUCUUCAUGUCAGAGGAAAGAGGGAGGAAUAGAUUGACUGGGUCUAAAGCUAGUCAUCACUAGAAAUUUUUGUGAAAUACCGCAGAUUUUUUUGCCAAUAAAAAAUAAAAAUGUUGAAGUUUGAAC